UGCAUGGUCGUUCAUGCCCCUGCAUCUCCGCCAGGCACCUCUGCUGAACCACAAAAUUCCCCCGGCCACCGCGAGUCCUCCCCAAAAUGCUCGGUAGAGAUGCACUUGAUGGAGCAAGCAGAUUCCAUGGUUGAGUUUGCUCACCAUACUACGGAUGAAGAGAACAAGAACGUGCAAGGAGACAUCAUGGUUGAGUUUGUUCCAGAUACAAUUAAUCAGGAGGCAGAAGAGUCUCCUGAUGAAGAACGGAGCAGCGAUAUCUCAAUAACCGAUGUCGAUGAAGACUCUAUUGAGUACCUGCGUAGGCAAGUUGUCGAAGACUCCGAGGAAGAAGACAAGCAAGAUGAAGUAUACUAGAAGGUCAGGAAGGAAUUUAAUGAAAGACGUGCUACUGAUGCUGCAUUGAGGAGGGAAGCAAGAACCAGGAAUGCAUCUAGGCAUAAGAGUAAUCUGAACAAAAUACAUAGAGACUUUUUGCGAAUUUAUAUUCCUGACUAUUACAAGAUUGUGGAAAAAUCAAUAUUGUUUGCUAGAGAACAGUAUUAUUGUUAGUUUUUCAGUUUGGCUCAUCGGCAGCAGAAUUCAACAUUAGUGCCUUUUAUUUGUAACAUUUGUCCUUGUCAUUCAUAUGUCAGGCUAUGAACA